AUGGAUUCGGCUUCUGCCCAAACUUCCACAACAUCAGUUUCAAACGCAUCCAAUAAUAAUAAGCUGAAGAAAUCCAAUCUCCUCGCGAAAAGAAGCUCCAAUCUCGACCACAUUUCACCAUGCAAACCCAUAACUGUGGACCUCACCACAAAUCACAAAUCACCGAGUGAAUUCAAGAAAAACGAGCCAACAGUCCCAUGCCCGGUCCCCACGCCCAGAACACUCACGAACCACGAUUAUUACCUCACGAGCAGCAGCACAUCGCGAACCGUGUCGUCUGCAAUGUCGCCCGGCCUAAGAACACCGAGCGGCCAGUCGAGCCCAAACAACAACACCCGGACGAGUGGAAUCAGCUCCCGAAGCAACAGCCUGGACAGCACGUGCAGCGGGACCCUCAAGCCCCACACGGGCGGGGACUUCAGGUGGGAUGCCAUAACUUGUGCCUCUUCGAAAGAUUCUCCUCUAGGCCUCAGCAAUUUUCGCCUCCUGAAGAGGCUUGGCUACGGAGAUAUCGGAUGCGUGUACCUUGUUGAGCUCAGGGGAGCUAAUGCCUUCUUUGCGAUGAAGGUUAUGGAUAAAGGCUCGCUUGCCAGUAGAAAUAAGCUGCUUAGAGCUCAGACGGAAAGGGAGAUUCUGGGUCUUCUCGAUCAUCCUUUUCUACCCACCUUGUAUUCUUAUUUCGAGACGGAUAAGUUUUAUUGUUUGGUUAUGGAGUACUGCAGUGGAGGUAACUUGCAUGCUCUGAGGCAAAAGCAGCCCAAUAAGCACUUUACAGAGGAAGCUGCUAGAUUUUACGCAUCAGAGAUCUUGCUGGCACUCGAGUACCUCCACAUGCUAGGAAUUGUAUACCGCGACUUGAAACCCGAGAAUGUCCUUGUACGCGAAGAGGGUCACAUCAUGCUGUCUGACUUUGACCUCUCCCUACGUUGUUCGGUCAGCCCAACACUCGUCAAAUCCUCAUCCGUUCACAACAUAAACAGGACAAGUGGCGGCCUCCUGUCGGAAGAUGACAGUGCACUGCGUGGGUGCAUGCAGCCAACAGGCUUCCUCCCGCUUCUCCUCUCCACCAAAAAGAAUCGGAAGUCCAAAUCUGUAUCGGGCCUCGGAGGCCAUGGGGCGAACUCCCUACCCGAGCUCAUGGCGGAGCCCACGGAUGUUCGUUCCAUGUCGUUCGUUGGGACCCACGAGUAUCUUGCCCCUGAGAUCAUCCGUGGUGAGGGGCAUGGGAGCGCGGUGGACUGGUGGACGUUUGGGGUCUUCCUAUACGAGCUCUUGCUCGGGACAACGCCGUUCAAGGGGUUGGGAAAUCGGGCCACACUUUGUAACGUCGUCGGCCAACCGUUGAAGUUUCCUGAAAGUCCACAUGUGAGUCCCAACGCAAGAGACCUUAUCAAGGGGCUCUUGGUGAAGGAGCCUAACAGAAGGAUUGCGUACAAAAGGGGAGCAACCGAGAUCAAGCAGCACCCGUUUUUUGAGGGCGUGAAUUGGGCUCUCGUGAGAAGCGCGGCCCCACCUCAUGUGCCGGAGCCCGUUGAUUUCGCUCAGUACACUAGCAAAGACUCGAGUUGUGGUCCGGACAGGAAAGUCGCUGAUGUGUCGGGUGAUGGGAACAAAAGCAACUCGACCGAUGCUUCUUAUGUUGAGUUCGAGUACUUUUAG